AUGUUAAGCAAUAUUAUAAGAUUUAGAUUUUCAAUAAAUGAUAGAUUAAAAAGAUUUAAGCCUCCUACCAAAAUAGAAAAGCAAGUGCCUAAAUAUUAUCCAAUAUAACAUCCUAGAAAGAUAGAUUCUCAUGAUUCAAGCAUAAUUACUCAUGAUAAGCCAAUUCAUUAUGUCACACCUAGAUUUGAGGUUCCGAUUGAAGUUUAUCGUGAUCCUAAUACAGAAUUAGCAGAAUUUGAGUAACCCCUCAACCCUAAAUCCUUAGAUGUUGCACUUUUAGGUCCUCCUAAUGCGGGAAAAUCUAGCUUAAUGAAUUAUAUAGUAAAAUCUUAAAUUAGUGCAGUUUCAAAUAAGGCAAAUACAACAUACGAAAGCAUAUUAGGUGUACAUACUAAUCUGGAAAAGCAAACUCAAAUUUUAUUCUAUGAUACUCCUGGUAUCACUAAAUAAUAUAAAUACUCAAAAGCAUAUGUUACUAGAGCUUGGGAUAUUUUAAAUGAUGUAAACAAAGCUAUUUUUAUGAUAGACGGAGUCAAAACCUUGGAUGAUAAGAUAAGAGAGGCUCUUAAAAGAUUAAACAGUUUGAAAUAUAAUGAAAAAGCUAAUAAAAAAAUAGAUUAAAUUACAUAAUUAAAUUAAGAUGAUCCUGUUUAUAAGGAAAAGCUGAAACACAUAUUAAGUACUGAUCAUAAUAAAGCAGAUAUCACUGAUGAGUCAUAUGGUUCUUCUUCUUUUCCUAAAGUUUUAGUUGUCAAUAAAAUGGAUUUAUGUACAAAUAAAAAAAAGUUAAAUUGGAUAGUUUCAGAAAUUGAGGAUCUUUCUAAGUUUGACCAUAAAUUUUUUAUUUCAUGCGAAACUGGAUAUGGAAUCCCAUAAUUAUUAGAAUAUUUAGAAUCAGAAGCUAUUCCUUCAUAAUGGAAAAGACAUCCUAAAAUAAAAACAGAUCUUUCAAAAGUAGAUAUUAUAGAGUAGAUUGUAAAAUCUGCUAUUUUUAGUAGAUAUUUCGAAGAAGUACCUUAUCAAACAGGUAUAUCUCUAAAAGAAUUCAGUUAGAGAAAUGAUGGACUAAUUAAAUUACAUUUUGAGUUAGACGUUUAAACUGAGCAUUAAAAAAAAAUAUUAACAGGUUAUAAAGGAAGAAAUGUUUUAGAGUUGAUAAGUUAAACAAAAAUUGAAUUGAUAAAACUUUUUUAAAGGGAUUUUGACAUUACUAUCAAAAUCAAAGUAAGAAAAAGUAGUUUGGAGGAAGAGAACUUCAAAGUAGAAGAAAUUACAUCUGAUAAUUAUGGAGAACGAGUAACAGAAAAAUUACUGCUACAGCAUAAAGAAGGAAGAAAAUAAAUAAUUGAAUAAUUAGAACAUUUUCUAACUUACCCUCUUUUAAAAUGA